UCUGCAGUGGCUCAUUCUUUCCUGCACAGGCUACAGACACACCACCCCCCGCCUCCACCCCUCCUCUGCCCACUCAUUCCAGCAUGCGGCACCUAUUCAGGGGUAAGACAGACAGUCUCUUCCCUAGACUGAAAGUGGAGCUCUGCACUGCAGCUGCUGCUGAAUGAACGCAACGUUUCCUGCGUCUACAACCACGGUGAAUGAGAAAAAGUAUCAGUGAGACACUGCCGGCAACUGAGAGCCACUGAUCUGAAGAUCAAGCAACGGAUCAGACCUACAGUAUCCCACCCAAGACGUACAGCGGAGGACUUGACCAGGGACAGACAGACAGGCACAAGUGGGCAGACGGACUGACAUGGGGUUGCAAGAUAGAAGAUCAUUCUUGCACAGGUGUGCGCGGUCCGGCGAUGUAGUCCACGCCGGUCUGGUCGUCACACUUCUGAUUGGAGUGUGGUACGCUCAGGCAUUGGAGGUGAAUACAGGGAAGGUCCAUUUCAUAGAAGUGAUGAAUGGAAGUUCAGUACUCUUACCCUGCACUUAUGCCAGCUGCAUUGGCAUUAAAAACCUUUACUUCAACUGGCAGUUCAAAGACAAUGGGACAUUGAUUAAGCUCUGUGAGGCCACCAUCCCAGCAGAAGGAGUAGAACCUAAUGUGAAAAUCUAUCAUGAGCGGGUGGAGUUUGUUGGCUCCAGCAAACAGAGUAACAUUUCCAUCUUACUGCAUAACGUCACCUUUGAGGACCAGGGAGAUUACAUCUGCUUUGCCCGCAACCCCAAGGAGAAGGAACGCAAUCAUAGUGCAGUUUUCACUCUUUUUGUGGUGGAUGAAUUGAAAGUGGUGGACAACACAUUGACCGUCAUCAUUGUGUCCGUGCUUGGCGGGGCCAUAGGUCUGAUCAUUCUCAUCAUGGUGGUGAAAGCUGUAGUCCUCGCCAUUCUAAACAAGGUCCAGGAGAAGAAUAAAGAAUGCCUUGUGAGCUCUUCAGGGAAUGACAAUACAGAAAAUGGCCUCCCGGGAUCCAAAGCAGACAGCAAACCGACACCAAAGGCAUGAAAAGACCAUGUGUGUGUACAUAUAUGAGCAUAUGUAUACAUGCAUAACAGAAUCAUAACAGAAUGAAAGUCAUAACAAUGGACAGUUUUAUUCUCUUUAUCUCAUGAGAAAAAAAAAUGCUACAUAUAAAUUUUAGAUUGUGCUUGAGGAAAAAUACAAAGUGCUGCAGGCUGGAUCACACACACCCUUUACAGGACUGAAACAGCAUAACAAAUAUUCAGAUAGCAGAUUAUAGGAGUGUGCUUGCAUUCUGUUCUUGUCUGUGAGACACAGCACACACACACUGCCUUCUUCACGAACUGCCAUAUCCUUUCAAUACUCAACAGCACAAGACCCACAUAAGGAAAUGUUUGCGAUAAACUUCCAGUGCAACUUUACACAUCUUCACACUGCAUUCCAAAAUAACCUGAGGUGGAAUCUCUCACAAGCUGACAAGUCAGUAGCAAAACUAACUCAGAAACACCUUUCUGGGAAAAUACUAAACAAUUUACACAUAAAAACCAUGGGUGCCUCUUUAAAUUGGAAUAUGUUUUCAAGCACCAAUUCAAGCAGCUAACUGAGUCUGAUUAUUAACCACUCCCACUAAUUUUACAAGUGAUUUUGAGGUCAUAAAGAGCAGGAUGCGAGUGUACUUGAAGGCCAGAAACACACUUGAUGCAAUAGCACCUCUUGUGGCAAUGCUGAUAAUACAACACAUACUUGCAGUACAUUACGAAUGACACAUUUUAUGUUUGAAAAUGAGGUUGUGUAGAGUAUUUUUCAUGCCUAAAAGGGGGGUGGGGGGGUAAUCAGAUAAGGGGUGUAUAUCCAGCAUCCAGCCCAGCACGGUUUAUUAUAUUUAUUUUUCUGCUUUUUUUUCUGCUUUAGAUAAAACACAGGUGCCUGUAAACGCUUCAAGCUCCACAUGCUUCCUGGGAGCCUUCAAAUGCUAUAUAAAUAAAUUAAUUAAACAAUGCUCACAUAAAACAGACAAAAAAAAAAUAAUCUAUAGGAAAUAAACACAUUCAAAUAUAAAGACAAUCCCCAGAAACCAACUCCCUGUCGAAAAUGAAUGAUCUUUUGAUGCUGCUUUCAACAAAAUAACCAAUAACUUUUCCUAAUGCAUGUGAACGAUUUUAUACAGUACAUCUAGCGUACUAUGUAUCCAUUUCUCAGAAUCGUAUUCUCCUGUCUCUUCUCACAUGACUGAUCAGUCUGUGCUUGUCGUAAACAAUGCUACCCUCACUAGUUCAUCUUGUACGUAUCCGACAUACAGGCAUGAAGGGCCACUGUAGUUAACUGGUAAAGCUUAUCAUGACAUCCACACUUCACAGGACACAAUAUGGCCAUUGUUGCUAACUGCUAAUUUUGAAUUUUGACAUCCAAACUAGCAAGCCAGCAAUUUAUGUGCGCAAAACUGCACCAAUCCUCACAGAUGCUAUGCUAAUACUUCUGUUUUCAUAUCAUCGUACAAAGACACAAGCCUUCUGUGACAAAAUAUAAUGAAUCGUGAUACUUCACAUGCUUCUCAAUGGCUAAUUACAGUUCACAUGUAACUAUCAUUAGCAUAAACUUCUCAAAACUUCUCAUAGAUCUCAAUGCUAAUUCAAGAAAACACAAAUUGCAGACAAUACUUGUGGGAUUUUGCUUGUUAGACAUUCUGGAACUCUAAAACAAACUGUUUAUCAAAACAAGCACAUUUUCCAUUUAUUUAGUAGUUAUUUAAGACUCAAGUGCCAUACAGAACUGCUAGUGGAACGGUGGAUGAUUUACUUUUGCUGCCAUCAUGUUUCAUCUGUCUUCCUCUAUCCUUAACCCUAUAAAUGCACAAUGCUCGUUCAUAUCCAUAUCUGGUUUAAGUAUAAAUGUACCGACAAAUUCAUAACAUGCGAUGAAUGUCACUUUGCGAUUACGCCGAAAAAAAAAAAAAUGAAAUGCAAUGAAACCCUCACUAUAGUCUUCCGCCAUAACCCAAAGAUGAAUGUACCAGUGGUUGUAGUUAUGGCAGAGUUCAGAGGGGUCAUUUCUGGGCACUUUAUUCAUAAAUAUAUACAUAACAGUGUUUUGAAUGCACAUUGUAUAUGUAGAGAAAAGUACGAUGUAGAAUUUAUCGCAGGAUAUUUGAAUAUGUAGUUGGAUAGCUGCAGUGGUGAUAUUAAGAAUAGAGGAACAGGAAUAAUCUGUCUCUUUGAAUGGCUAGAUCUCUUAUAUGUGCACAUAUUAGCAGUCUUCCAAAUCACUUGACUCUCUUUUAGAAAUCAGGGGCUUUGGCAAUCUCAACUGUUUGGGAUGCUUUUGACAGAGUGGUAUGAAAUCCUAGCUUGAAAUGCAAGUGUUUAUUGAUGAAGUCUUUAAUUCCUUUAAAAUCAGCCGUUCUUUGGAGAAAGGGUUUGGUGCCGCUCUGUCUGUCAGAUGCACUGUACAGUAUGUGGUUAGUGUUGAGUGUCCUAACUGUUUUCGAGCUGUUCACAUGGCCUCUUUGAUUCAUUUAUGGCAGAAUGUUUUAACAUGUUAUGCUUCUUACAGCUUGUUGCCUUUUGUCAUUUGCAGCUAGUGUAUUUAUGAUUAAACUGUCAGAUAAACAAGGAGAUUACGUAGAUCAGCAAUACUGUAAAAAAAAGAAAGGAAAAUGUA